GGCACCGGAGUCCUGCCAGCUGCCCCACGAGUAGCCACGGGCGCGAUCGGGGCUAGACGUCUCCUCCUCCAUGAUCACUUUGGGAGCCGGGGGAAGACUUUGCCUGGCCGUGAGAGCUGGUCUGAGUUUCCCAGGCGCGGCGGCGGCGGCAGAGCAGCAGCAGCCGGGUCCGGCUGGGAGCGGCCACAGCCCGGGGCGUGUGUGCCCCGCGCGUAGCGGGCUCGGGCUCCCCGCGGAAUGUCCCCGGGGCGCCCCGCGCGCUGACCCCACGGCUGCCUCCGCCUUCGGCACCUUCUGCCUCUCUCGGGCCAUCCCUGCGUUCGGGACUGCGAGCACACAGGCUCCAGGGCAGUGGGGAAGCCCCCGGGGGUGGGUGACCUCAGCUGGCCGCGACCCAGCCCCUUCCCCGUGCGUAUCUCGCUUAAGAUGGCAGCGGAGUCUGGGGAACUAAUCGGGGCUUGCGAGUUCAUGAAAGAUCGGUUAUAUUUUGCUACUUUAAGGAAUAGACCAAAAAGCACAGUAAAUACCCACUAUUUUUCCAUCGAUGAGGAGCUGGUCUAUGAAAAUUUCUAUGCAGAUUUUGGACCUCUGAACUUGGCAAUGGUGUACAGAUACUGCUGUAAACUAAACAAGAAACUAAAAUCAUACAGUUUAUCAAGAAAGAAGAUUGUGCACUAUACCUGUUUUGAUCAACGGAAAAGAGCAAAUGCAGCAUUUUUGAUAGGUGCUUAUGCUGUAAUCUAUUUAAAGAAGACACCAGAAGAAGCCUACAGAGCACUCCUGUCUGGCUCAAAUCCCCCCUAUCUCCCAUUCAGGGAUGCUUCCUUUGGAAAUUGCACUUACAAUCUCACCAUCCUCGACUGUUUGCAGGGAAUCAGAAAGGGAUUACAACAUGGAUUUUUUGACUUUGAGACAUUUGAUGUGGAUGAAUAUGAACAUUAUGAGCGAGUUGAAAAUGGUGACUUCAAUUGGAUUGUUCCAGGAAAAUUUUUAGCGUUUAGUGGACCACAUCCAAAAAGCAAAAUUGAAAAUGGGUAUCCUCUUCAUGCCCCUGAAGCCUACUUUCCUUAUUUCAAAAAACAUAAUGUGACUGCAAUCGUGAGGCUGAAUAAAAAGAUUUACGAGGCGAAGCGCUUCACGGACGCUGGCUUUGAGCACUAUGACCUGUUCUUUAUUGAUGGCAGCACACCCAGUGAUAACAUCGUGCGAAGGUUCCUGAAUAUCUGCGAGAACACAGAAGGGGCGAUCGCAGUUCACUGCAAAGCUGGUCUUGGCAGAACAGGGACAUUGAUAGCCUGUUAUGUAAUGAAGCACUACAGGUUUACACACGCUGAAAUCAUUGCUUGGAUCAGAAUAUGCCGGCCAGGCUCCAUUAUAGGACCCCAGCAGCACUUCCUGGAAGAAAAACAAGCAUCAUUGUGGGUCCAAGGAGACAUUUUCACAUCCAAACUAAAAAAUAGAACAUCCAGUGAUGGAAGUAUUAACAAAAUUCUUUCUAGCUUGGACGACAUGUCUAUUAGUGGAAACUUAACUAAAAUACAAAACGUGGAAAGAUUUGGAGAGAAUAAUUUAGAAGAGGAUGAAGAUGUGGAAAUGAAAAAUGGUAUAACCCAAGGAGACAAACUACGUGCUUUAAAAAGUCAGAGACAACCACGCUCCUCACCAUCCUGUGCAUUUAGGUUGGAUGAUAUGAAAGGGCACCCAAGAGCAGUGUCCCAGCCUUUCAGGUUGAGUUCUUCCCCACAAGGAUCUGCAUCUUCUUUGAAGACCUCAAAAGCGGCUUUGUCCCCUUCUGUGACGGCCAAGAAGAUAAAUAGGGGUUCUUUGUCCUCGGGUGCCAGUGUAAGAAGCUUUUCCAUAAACUCCCGGCUUGCCAGUUCUCUAGGGAACUUGAAUGCUGCAAUAGAUGAUCCAGAGAAAAAGACCUCAUCACCCUCCAAGGCAGGUUUCGUAGCCAACCCCUUCACCAACCUCUUGAAUGGCAGCUCCCAACCAACUGCCAGGAAUUACCCUGAGCUCAACAACAACCAGUACAACCGAAGUGGCAGCAGCAGUGGAAGCAACCUGAACAACCACCCCACCCCCCGGAGCACCAAGACAAAGGAACACACCGCCAUCCUCCAACCCUCCUACACUGGGCUCUCUUCCUCUUCUUCUGCAAGAUUCCUGAGCCGUUCAAUCCCCGUAAGUUCACAGACACCACCUCUUGGUCCUCAAAACCCUGAGCACAACUUUUAUGCCUUGCCUUCCCAGCCAAGGCUGCCACCAAAGAAAUUUAAUAGCGCCAAGGAGGCCUUCUGAUCAAUGCCUUCCCUCUGUGUUAUGAAACUGUCUCAGCGUGUACCUCCUGCUGGCUCCUCUUCAAGUAAAUGCCGAGUUUCAACUGGGUUUUCUUCCUUCCUUUUUUCUUUCUCCCUUCCUCCUUUUUAAGUGGUUUCUCUCCCCUUUCAUUCCCUUCACCAUGGACACUGUCGACAUAAGUUACUUUUCAGCUAAGUUUUCAAACCACUCUGAGUACCUAGCACAAAGCCAGGAGCUGACUCAUGUGAUACACAGUGUUUGUUUUGGUUGUGGUAGUAUUAGGAAUUAUGGCUUUUUCUACAUCAUAUAUUAAUGAAUGAAUUUUGGAGUAUCUAGAUGUGGAAUGUACUGAUUGAACAGUAUCUUCCCAGAACCAAGCUUCAGGCCAUGAAUAUUUCACCUCCUGCAGAGAACUGACUGAGAAUUAAUUAAGUGCCUAAUGGAAGCUGUUUAUAAGGAAGGCUUAUAGAUAGGUACCGGGAUGUUGGCGGAGGGGAAGGCAGAGUAUCAGGAAGAUAUUUAAAAUUAGCCAUCAUUCUUCUAGAGACAGGCAGGAUGAGCUCCAAACACAUUUUACCAGUGAGAUCUUCAUUUAGGUUACCAAACUCCCCUUUAAAAUUAUCAGUAAUCCCUGUUAGGUAAAAUAUGUUGGUUCACCCCCUUCUGUAAUCACUUUAAUCACUUAUUUUGAUUACCUUAGGAAAUUGAGAUCUAAGGCACGUGAGUUUUGAUUUGAGAGGAGGCAAAAGGAUGAAAUAGGAAGGAGAAAUGGAUCCCACAUAUCAAGGAAAUUUGAAACUUUGUGUUCGGGGCUCAAGCAAGCCCCGUGAGUGUCCUGGAAAGGCAAAUAAUUGGGUGUCCUGGGGAGGCUACAGCCUGGCAUCCCUUCAUACCACUAUUCUUUAAACAUCCCCUCAGCCAUUAUUCAGGGAGAAGCCAACUUCUGCUUGGGAGAAGAGGGGAGAAGGAAAAGUGCUGGUGGCAGCCCUUAGUGUGCUACUCGUGGCCCAGUCAGCAAAACAACAGUACUGCUCCAAUAGUUAAUGGGACUCACUCUCCAUAGACGGCAGUUUAGAAAUCGUUUUUCUAACGUGAGAAUGCGGCACGUGCGCAUGCGUGUGUGCGGGGGAUGUGUGUGUUGGUUGAACCUAUUACCACUCUCAAACCCACCCUAGCCCUCUUUUCGGUGUGUUUUUGUUUUCCUUUAUCCUCAAACAUUCCUUUCCCUAAGAGGGGCUCUGGCAUAUAUAAUUUUCUCCAUCUUAUUUUAUUCCCAGCGAUUGUUUUUAGCAUUAUUUUAGGUUACGUUUGUAGAUCAGUAAUCUAAUCUGCCAGUCCAUCCUACCCCUUAAUCUGACCCUAAUUCCAUUACAUAAAUUGAGAACAUGUAUAUCAUUAAAACUCAAAUCCAUGUAACUGGGGAUGAGAUGGAAAAUGAUAAUAUAUUUAACUCUUCAUAGCUAUGUUUACAAGUCAUGUAUUUCACAGCAGGAAUUGAGUUCAGGCAAUUUUCUCACAUACCAGUUGGCAUGAACAUUGUGCCAUAUGUCAGCCUUUUUUGAAAACAGGAGUGCAGACCUUUUCCAUUUUCAGAAAGUGUCAUACAUGUAGAUAUGUAGAUAAUCAUAUACAUUUCUUGCAGAUUUCAAAGUUAAAGGUUUUGCAUAAUCCACACUUUUAACUGAAUACCAGAAGGGUUGGUAGCUUGACAAGAAUUUGUUCUUCUUUUUCUAAGUCUCAGUAUUCCUCUUUGUUAGUGGAAGCAUGGGAGCAUUCUUUAGGAGAUUGCUGAUUUCCCCCCAACUGGUGAUUUUUUAUAUAACUGAAUUUUGGUCUCAUGCCAUAGUUUAUUUCUUCUCACUUCUCCUCCUCUCUUCUUCUUCCUAUCCCUCUUCUGUCUGGAAUAGGGUAAUUUUCCAAUAAUUGAAUUUAAAGUAAUAAUCUGUGGGGGCAGCUGCUGCUGCACCCCUCUUCUCCCUCCUAAAUUUGUCACCUUAUUGUAAAGAAAAGUAUUUAUAAAUAGAAUUGCCAGCAUGACAAUAUUUCCCCGCCUAUCGCCCUCCUAGGAAGUGAGUUGGAGCAGGUCUCUCAUAGCAGACCCUCUUUCUUUAUAUUUGCCUAGAAAACUUCCUGUAUGAGGAGGGCUCCAGGUCCUAAUCCUGCUGCUUGCUGGCAGAAAAUCUAACUUAAGAUGGAAAUUCCCAUUUUAGGUAGAAUAAAACUGGAGGUUGUGAGUUAUUUCUCCUUUAUUGGUCCAGUGCAGCUUUUCUAAUUGCUGUGGGUUUAUUGUCUAAAUAAGAUUGUACAUCUUUCCAGUGCUUCUGAAGAUUCAAGACACAGGACACUUGAAGAACUAGGAAUAAACCACUGAACAAAGUUUUUAAAUCCUUAGGUAGGAAAAGAAGUCUGCAUGGCAAUAUCCUCUCAGCACCUUUAAGAAAGACCCAGAAACUCUUAGGCGAUGCGGGUGAUGGGUGUUUAGAGGGAGUCUAAUAUUUUAAAAGCUACAAUUAGCAUCUCUUUUGAAAGCUGCAAUUGCUCGCUCAUUCUAUGCAGCAGUUCAGCCCCCAGAAAAAUGUAAAAAUGAUUUCCUUGUUCUGUCAUUAAAUGCUUUAACAUAGAAAACAAGAGCAACUGUUAAGGAAUCCUUAUGGUUGUGACAGAAUGGUGAGAAACAAGUUUUAUUUUUAUUCAUUUGGCCUCUUCUGUUAGUCUUGAGGUUUCUCCUGCCCAGUGCAAUGCAUAAGGCUUCAUUUGGGUUGACCCACUUAACUGUAAAAAAUCAGUUUCACUCCCUGACACUCAGAGGAGUUUUCAAAUGCUUAAGAGAUGAGGGACAUGUGAUUAUGGUGUGGGUGUGGUGGAAGUAUUUUAUUAAACUGAAACUACUUGAGGUAUCUGUCUUGAAUAUUUGCUUUUUUUUUUUUAAAAAGAGACUUAUCACUGAAUUGCUAUUCAUCCACCUUGUCCUUACCUGACUCCCAAGUGUGGGUUAGGCCAUGAUAGUUCUCCCUUAAGCUAUCCUAUACCGUGUGUUGGUGUCACUCGCAAUUCUCUUCUCUCUGUGAAUUUUAAUAAUCUGUUCCCUUGUCUGUGUCCUCCACUAGGUUGUAAGCUCGGUGAGGGCAGGGACUGUGCCUCUGUUUUUCAUAGUUGUAUGCCCUGUGUCGGGCAUUUGGUGGACACCCAUUAGCUAAAUGGGUAAAUAGAUGGUUAUUUAAAUGAAUGAUUGUGGUAAGAAUUUUUACCUCUUUUUUUUUAUUCAAUUCUAUUGAGAUAUAUUCACAUAACA